GACAGCGCGUUCAUUUGAUGAUUGGACGUUCAAACAAGACUGGGGAGAUGUUCUUGCUUGUCGCGAUCGUGAUUCCAGCCACAGUGGCGGUGCGAGGUGAUACGGCGAUCGCCGCACUGAAUCAGCUUGGGUCCCUCGGUCGAGGGGCUGACAGGCGACAUCACCAAGAACCUUGACUCGCUAAACCCCACUACUACCGUGCCGAAGCCUCUGGAUCAACGAAAUUUCGACCCCACUAAAUAAUCUAGAAGAAUCUCAAGGGUAAAACGAAUCAUCGCCAAAAAUACCGUGCCUGCUUUUCUUCUGCCCCGCUCAAUAAUUAAUAAUCCGCUUUUCCGUAUUCUUUCGCCGUCGCAAUUCUUUUUAAGGAUUGGAUUUCCCGCAUAAAAGGCCAAGGAAGCAUAUUUCUUCACACGGAAAGCUUUGCGCCGUAAACUACCGAAACGCAGAUAUGGAUCAGAAUCAGAACCCCGAUUUGUUCCAGGAUGUUGGGAGGAAGGCAGAGGGUCUCAGCGCACAGAAUCCUGCCACGGGCGAGGAGGAGCGCAAGCCCGUCGAAGAAGUUGAAAGUCUUUGCAUGAACUGUCACCAGAACGGAAUCACGCGCCUUUUAUUGACAAGAAUUCCCUACUUCCGUGAGAUUGUGAUCAUGUCGUUCUCUUGCCCGCAUUGCGGAUUCCAGAAUUCAGAAAUUCAGCCGGCCGGCGAGAUUCAACAGCGGGGUUCCAAAUAUACUUUCACUGUGGAACACAGCGAUGACCUUCAACGUCAGGUUGUUAAGAGUGACACCUCCGUGUUCAGAAUUGAGGACCUCGAUUUGGAGAUUCCUGCGGGACGUGGCCAGCUCUCUAACGUGGAAGGUAUUAUUUCCAUGAUCAAGCAAGAUCUUUCAGAGCAGCAGGAAGACCGAAAACAAGCUGCACCCGAAGUCUACGAAAAGAUUGAGCAGAUUACACAGCAGCUCGGUAGCUUCCUUGGUGGCUCCAGCUUCCCCUUCAAGAUCUCCCUCGACGACCCUGCUGGCAACUCCUGGAUAGAGCCUUCUCCGCUAGACAAGGGAAAUAAGUUGACAAAGAUUGAGUACACCCGAAGUGCUCAGGAAAACGCCGCCUUGGGUUUGGCCGAUACGACCGGCGCUCCGUCCACCGAGAUCAGACCUGAAUACAAGGCCAAUCAAAUGGUGCCCGCGGGGCCACCAGGGACUAGUGAAGCCACCGAAGAGGAGGAUAUUGUGGAGGGGCAGGUGUACUCCUUCCCUGCGUCGUGUCCGGGAUGCGUCAAGCCUUGCAUGACCAACAUGAAGAUGGUCAACAUUCCUUUCUUCAAGCAAGUUGUCAUCAUGAGCACUGUUUGUGAUCACUGUGGAUAUCGUAGCAAUGAAGUGAGAACUGGUGGUGAGAUUCCUGAAAAGGGUCGUCGCAUUACUCUCAAGGUCAACUCUGCGGAGGAUCUCAGCCGCGACAUUCUUAAAUCUGAAACCUGUGCGCUCCAGUGCCCUGAUCUUUCUUUGGAAGUACAGCCUGGCACAAUGGGUGGCCGCUUUACGACAGUCGAGGGACUUCUCACUCAAGUUCGGGACGAUCUCAAAGCUCAAAUCUUUGAGACCGAAGGCGCCAGCCAUGAUUCCAUGCUCCCGGAUCAAAAGACUGCCUGGGAGAACUUCUUCAACAAGAUCACUGAUGCCAUCGAAGGGAAGACCAAGUUCACUGUUGUGCUCGAGGAUCCGAUCGCUGGCAGUUACGUCCAAAGUUUUACUGCGCCAGAGCCAGAUCCUCAACUCCAAGUUGAAGACUAUGUGCGGACAGAUUUGGAAGAAGAGGAGCUCGGUCUCAAAGAUAUGAAGGUUGAGGGCUAUGAGAACAACGCAGAGGAGAAAGCGGCGCCCGAUGCCGACGAGGUCAUGGCAGAGGCCAAUGCUCGCAUGGCGGAGAUUAACGAGGCAGAUAGAGGACAUUAAAAGCGACGAGUAGGAUUUCUUUUUGAUACAGCGAAUCAUUAGAAGAGGACGACAGUCCUCCGGCGGGCAUGAUAUGAAUUGCGAUGAUCUCAUGAUUUAUGUAUAGAUAUACAAGGCUCAGCAUGUGUGCUCCAAAUUGGGAUGCAAAUUUACGCCUAUUGUAUUUUCACGUGCGUAAUGGUGUUAGAUGUUUUAUUUGAUGAUCUCUGGGGUGGUGGAGACGAAAUUGGCGGUAGUUGCGAGAUUCGGAAAUCGAGACAACUUGCCUCGAGCAUGAAGCAUAUAAAAAUUUAUUUAAAUUCGUACAUUGAAU